UUAACAGCCGGAGAAAUUGAUCAAAUGGAAGAGACGACGAUGUUGAGUUGGUUAGAAGAAGGCAGAAAUGGCGGCGGAGGAUAUAGGAAGGAUAGGCCGCCGGAAGAUGACUGCUGCCCCAUUUGCUUUGAUGAUUUCCACGUUCCAUGCCGGACUAACUGUGGCCAUUGGUUUUGCGGCAGCUGCCUUCUUCGACUUUCGAGAUUCAAUGCAAAUUUCAAUCUGUUCAUAUGCCCUGUGUGUCAAUCCUGGGUAUAUAAUCUUGUUCCCCACUCACCUGUACUGAUUCAGCCAGGAAGAGAAGAAAUUGAUGAAAUCCUCGGAGAGAUCGAGCAAUUUAAUCGUGUUCACGAGUUGGUUGCAGGGUCUCUGAUGGAGAGCAUAUUCUACACAUUCUUGGAGGCUUGGGUUAGGAAUAUGAUCCAGUUGUAUGCGCUGUCACCUCCAGAUCUGAACCUUGGGCGAUUGGUGAUGUAUCCUCAUUUCUUCUCAGCUUUGAGUCCAGAAUGGAGACAACAAGAGCAAACUCUUCCAGCACUGAGUGAUCUCAACCCUCACUCCACUUGGUGCAGCAACAGUCAGGGCCAAAGAAAGAUCUACAAUCCUACAUCAACAAGUUUGACACAGGUGGAGGAAGAGGUGGAUAUAGGAAUCAAAGAGCAGGUAGAGGUGGCAGAGGAUUUGGAAAGGGAGGCAAUAAAAUCAUAUGCCAACUGUGUGAGAAACCAGGGCACUUAGCUGCUAAGUGUUGGCACAGAUUUGAGCAAAACUACACUCCCCUCAAGUGCAAUUAAGAGCAAAUCAACCCCAGCAGCAGCAAAACUACUACAAUCCUCCUGCUCACAUUGUCCGGUCAGUGCCAAGAUCUCCUACAACCAACUUCUCAGCAGCAAAUCCCUAUGUGUUUGGAUAUGAUUCUGCUGCUUCCUCCAGUUGGUAUCCGGAUUCUAGAGCUACUCAUCAUAUCUCCAAUGAUCUUGGAAAUCUGAACAUAAGCUCAGAAUAUACAGGAGGUAAAAGCUUGGUUCUUGGUAAUGGUCAGUAUGUUCCUAUUGCAAAUAUUGGUGAAUAUGUGGUUAGUUCUCAUUCCUCUACUUUUUCUAGAAAGAUUCAUCUUAAGAAUCUUCUCCAUGUUCCUAACAUUAUCAAAAAUCUUUUUAGUGUAUCACAGUUUGCUAAGGAUAAUUCAGUUUUCUUUGAAUUUCAUCCAACUUUUUGUUUUGUUAAGGACAUGUGCACUAAGGAAAUCAUGCUCAAGGGAGCACUUGAGAAGGGCCUCUACCAUUUCCUAGUUGAUCUGCCUUCUUCGACUAUCGAGAUUCAUGGUCCAACUGUGCAAGUGUCCUAUGUGUCAAUCCUGGAUAUAUAA